CCCCGCCCACACCUGCGCCUUGCCCCGCCCCCCUCCUGCUGACCUCUUGGCCGCGCAGGGGGGGGGAGGGACCAGGCUGGGUUCUUUCGGCGCCUCGCCGGGCGCGGAGGGACACCAGAGGUGCCGCCUCACCCCCGACGUCUGCUCUCCGGCCUGGAGACGUGUUAUCGCGCCGUGUUAGACAGGGUGGGGACUCGGGUGGGCGAGCCUCGUCUUCGGGGGCACCUGGGAGAUAAUGCGACGACCAAACCUGCCGGCCUGCGUGUGUCGAGAGCCAGUCUAAUCUCCCCGCUGCAGCGUCGCCGGCCUUGCGGGCGCGGGAGGAAAGGGCCGGCGAGAUGUAGCGCGCCGUCAGCGAGGCGUGUUGUGAUCUUCGAGAAGAGGCGGCGGGUCCCCCGGGCGAUAGGAAGGACUGAUGCACCGGAUGAGGUUUUGAGCCCGUAUCCAUUGAAGUGGGCGGGACCGUCGCCACCGACUUGGGUUGGGUCAGGAUCGGUCCUUUGCGUGCAACAGCCCGGUGUCGGCAGCCCGGCGCGGCCCGGCUCCGAGUCAUCGGAAAGUCUGUUUCCAAAGCGCAGUUUACUUCCAAAGCCUCCUCGCUUGGGCGGGUUCAGGCGGACCGGGGCUUUGUGGAGCAGUUGGAGGAAGGGGAGAGCGUCGGCCGCCUGGGCGACAGGGCGCGCCUGGCGGAACAAGCAGGCAAGAGGAUGCUCGAGCGCGAACGGGAGACAGCUGGCUGCGGGGACGCGAGGGGAGCCCGCACGCCCCUUCGGUGCCACGUGCCAAUCUCAUGCAUUGCUCACACAAGCUGAGGACUCUGUGACCCGUUUCCUCACCCGCAGCGGUACUUCACACUGGGUAUCGCAGUCUUCAACAGCCAGCUUUCAUUUUCCGCAUAAACAAGCCCACUGCUUUCCAUUCAGCAGAGCAGGAAGCUCGAGGCUCAGGAGCUCUGGCCCCUGCACGCGCCCAGACCGCGCAGAUGUUGCCCUUGGCUCUUGGCUGCCUGUGCCUCCUCCUGCAAAGACCAGCAGUGGCAGCAGUGUCCAUGGACAGCCAGUGCGGGGCAGCAGCAGUCCUCCCUUGCCCUCCUGCUGUCAAAGGGAUGCAGAACUUCUGGGCCAGCGGCUGGUACAAGGUCAUCAACAACAGUCAGGAAACGGGGCUGAUUCGGAACCUCAAGAACAGGACAACGGUGUAUGACAAGAUCCAGCGGCUGUUCCUGAUGGACGAGCAGCAGUCGCUGGUCAUUCCUAAGGUCCGGCCAGAGGACGCUGGCACUUAUCGCUGCUCCCUCUGGGCCAAUGUGGGACAUUUCAAUCAGCAGGCAGACGUCAUCCUGCGGGUAUCAGACUGCUCAAUGCCCUGGCCGGGCACUUCGCCCACGGGGACGUCGCUACGGGGUUCUGAGCGAGAGGGCAGCGCAAGCCCCAACUCCACCUGCUGCCAGGAGCCGCUGAUUCCUGUCCUUGCUGCUGUCCUGGGGCUGCUGGCCUUCAACGUGGGGAAGGGGCUGCUCAGCAUCAUCCUCAUCCUGGUGAUCAGGGUCAGCCUCAAAUACAAGCGAAGGAGAAAACAAGCGCAAAACCUCUGAGGGAGAAGCAUGAAGCAGACAGAAGCAGACAGAUGUGCCUCGGACACAAGGAGGAGGGGAGGGCGUGGAGCCGGGAGCGGCCACGUUGGCAGCACUGUGAGUCGGGGCAGAGCUCCAUACAGACAGGUCGCUUUAAAGGGCUUGCAGCAGCUGGCUCUGUGGAGCCUGUGUUCCCAGCACCAUGCCCAUCCUCUGUGUCUCCUGCUGCCUUGCCAUUCAAUACACCCUCGCGCUGCGCCUCGUUGCUACCUUAGGCUGUGAGCUCACAUGGGCAGGGACGGUCUUUUCCUCUGUUUGGGCACAUCCCAGCACAGUGAGCCUCUGGGUGUUGCUGCAAUGCAUGUAAUAAAUAGCAACCAUAACAGCA